CGGACUUCUACCCUUCCUCACCCUUGUUUCAUUGCUUCCUUCAACUUCGUGUAGACUCGUCUUUGGUCGCAUCUGUCUCGUUUUCACAACCACUGGUAAUGGCGGAUAGGGCAUGGGAUAACGGGAAAGCAGCGUGGCUGUAUCCUCUGCGCGGCAUCUACUACUUUCUAUCAAACCGAUAUCUCUGGCCGUUGUUCAAGGCUCGAUUGAUCCCGAUCAUCCUGCUCUCUGCCUUCAUCUACGUCCUGUUGUUCCUAUUUCUGUGGCUUCCACAGGUCGCGUUUCUCUAUAUAUUUCAGGGCGCCGGAGCGUGGUUCAGCGGCGUGGUCCUCGUGCUCGGAGAAGGGGCUGCGAUUGUGGCUAUUCUGUUCGAAGCGUUCUUCGUCGAUGAGACCUUGGUGGACAUUUUCGACGCGGUGCUGGUGAGUGAAGGCCAUGGCGAGCUGGUCAACGCCUCGCGCGUGCUGUACCCCCAAGGCGACGAUGUCGUGCAGCGGCUAGGCAAACCCACCCAGAGCGCCGUAUAUGCGCCCUUCUCCCUGCGUCAGAUUCUGGAAUUCGUCGUCCUCCUUCCGCUGAACCUUAUUCCAGUGGGAGGCACCCCCAUGUUUCUCGUGUUGACGGGCUACCGGGCGGGGCCCUUUCACCACUGGCGCUAUUUCCAGCUAUUGGAUCUUUCGAAGCAGCAGCGGAAGGAGAGGAUACGACAUCGGCAGUUGCAGUAUACUACGUUUGGGACGGUCGCCUUGGUGCUUCAACUCGUUCCAAUUUUGUCCAUGUUUUUCCUGAUGUCUACCGCGGUUGGGUCGGCACUUUGGGCAGUGGAGCUGGAAAGUCGACGCGAUCCUUUGGGCAGAAGGCCUGGGCGAGAUGGUGUUUACCGCGACGACGAUCCUCUGGUAUGAUUAUGAUGGUCCGGAUGCAUGUUUGUUUUUGAUUCGAUGUAUAAUUGGAUUCAAGUUGUUUAUGAUUUUGAAUAUCUGAGAGUUUGCUUUUAACUACCUUAAUAUCUUGCGGCCAUUGAUGUGUAUCUUGGCAUUGGUAUUGGC